AUGAAUCACCUUAACGAAUGCGGUGUGCGAUUUCCAGUGGUGCAGACGUCCGUGCCGCAGAACGAGGCCGAGCUGCAGCUGUACAGAGUGAUGCAGCGCGCCUCGCUGCUGGGAUACUACGACACGCUCCUCGAAAUGGGAGGCGACGACGUGCAACAGCUGUGCGACGCGGGCGAGGAGGAGUUCCUGGAGAUCAUGGCGCUGGUGGGCAUGGCGAGCAAGCCGCUCCACGUCAGGAGGCUUCAGAAAGCCUUGCAGGAGUGGCUCACUAAUCCCUCGUUGUUUCAAACGCCCGCGUGCGCGAGCCCGCGGCCGCAGAUGCAGAGCCUGCCGACCGGCUUCGCCGCGACGUCGCAGACCUCCCUCACGCCGACGUCCUACGUGUCGACGACGCCCCACAUUCCACUGACGCCGCUGCCCUGCCGAAGCUCCAGCCCGGUCGUGCCGGUCACCAGCGUGUCGGCGUCGGCGUCCUCCACGACCUUCCGCCAGAGCCCGAGCCCGAACACGUCCUUACCUUACGCGACCACUCAUAGCCCCAAUGUGUUACAGGUAGGAACGUGCGAGUCUUCGUGCGGCAGCGGAACCACGCCGAGCCCGAGCGGCGGUGGCGGCGGCGGCGGCGGUGGUGCACCUGCGAGUCCGACACAGCCAACGCCGACCCUCCUGCAGUCACAGGUGCAGCGGCUCGCCGAGGCCGCGGAGAGGCUCGUCGCCACCAUAAGGCCCCUCGAUCCCAAACCCCACAACGUGAAGAAAAAACUCUGCAAGAAGCUGGAGAUGGUGAUGACGAUGCCCGACAGUGAUCCACGUAAGAUGGACGAGAUCCGGAAGUACGCGGCGAUUUACGGCAGAUUCGACUGCAAGAGGAAGCCGGAGAAGCCUCUCACGUUGCACGAGGUGUCGGUGAACGAGGCGGCGGCGCAGAUCUGCAGAUUCGUGCCUGCCCUCCUCACCAGGAGGGACGAGCUGUUCCCUUUGGCGCGUCGGGUCGUCCGUGACUCCGGCUACCACUACUCCAAAAGCCAAUACUUGUCGAUGUCGAGGCCGCGCGAGAACGGGGAGGAGACCGACGGCGAGCGCUCGAAACGCCGGAAGCUCGAGCUGGAGGGUGAGGUUGAGGUUGAGGACGCGACGCAGGAGGAGUUAGAUCUACGCUGUUCUGGAACGGAUAUUAACAAUUCCAUCACGAGAAGACACAGGUCGUCGAGUCCAGUCUGGAGGAAGAAGAGUAAUAACGGCAUAUUCAGCGCCAGCGUGGAGGAAAUCAGUGACUCGGACAGCCAGUUCUCUUUCUCUAACGAGGAAUCUUCGUCUAUGCACGACACAAACGAGGCGGAGGCUGAGAACACCGACAAGGAAGGCGACUUCAAUCUAAAGGUGAUAGCCUCGCGCGGGGACAACAUAAUCGCCGUGGCGAAUCCCGCGCUAAUGGAAUGCAGUCAUCCCAUAAAAGAGGAGCCCGCGGACGAGAAACCCACACUGUGAUAUUAUUACUUAGCGUUUACUGCCGCCACCGACGUCACGGCGACGUGUGAAUGAAGACGUACGCGGCCGUCCAUCGCCAUCGCCGGUCAAUCGCCGUUGGUCACCGAUCAUCGUCCGCGCGAACCACCCCAUCGUCCACACGUGUUACUUUACGGGGCGCGCGAUAGCCAGCAUUCGCGGUAGCGAUCGUUGGGAUAAUCGAUAACAUGUAUAACACCCGCUUGGCUUUUACACCUUUGGCUGGAGCGACCUUUAACCGUCUCUUCGCCGUCCGAACGAGGGACAUUUUUACGACGCUGCCCGUUAUCUAGUUCUAGCGAAAAUACGAGAAAAGUUCACGAGAGACACUUGUAUAGCGAUUAUACGACGAAUGGUCUCUAGAAGGCGAUAGAAAUGAAUAAAGAGUAAGCCGUUCAAAUCAAAAGAUCGUUGACUGAAGUAUGUAGCAUUAUAAAGUGUACAUUUUAAGCCAAUGUAAAUAUAGGUAAAUAUAUAAGGGUCCUCUUUUUUUACAUGCGCCGUUGCCGUGUAGCUUUAUUCGAAAGAUUCGGCGUCACCUCUCUCGCAGAGCGAUCAAUCGAUUCAUCUUUGUGUCCCCUCUGUAUACUUUUUUUUUCAUAGAACACUAACAUUGACGUUUAUUAUUUUGUUAAAUAAUUACUCCCUGUUGUUUUUCACAAAAGGUUAUAAAGGAGACGAACGAUUAUAAA